UGAAAUUAACAAAUUAAUGAUUAAUUACAUGCAUAUUUCUUUUUAAAUGUCUAUUAUUCAUCUCCCACGUAAGUAUUUAGUCUAACGUCUUUGCAACCUUUGUUCUCGAUCAAUGUCCAUCAUAUAAUGAACAUCAAAAGAACUCUAUACUUUGGAGUAUUUGUAUUAAUCGUAAAGAAGCGAUCAAUGUGGAGUAGAUGAAACCUAAUGAAAGAUGGCCAUCACAAGACUAAGAGCUAAUCACCAAGGACGUUGGCUGCCGCUUCGCAUAAAACAAAUAUAUCCCGCUAUCAUUGGCAUCAGUUUAGGUUUUGCGUUUUCGAUGUUUUAUAUUCCUGGCACGGUGGUGGAAGAAACGUGUAUCUUAGAUGUUCAAAUGGCCGAUGUUCGCAGCACUGAAGGCCGAACUGUAAAAAAUCAAAAGCCCAAAGACAACGUGAAGAUUGGUGCUACGGUAAAGCCUAAACUUUCGAAAUACGGUCCUUCCUUUCGCCCGUAUUACGUGGCAAGCGAGAUAACACAAAGAGAUAGAAUUUUUGUCGGCGUUUUGGCGUCCGAAUUCAACUUAGAGACAAUAGGCACAGCGAUAAAUAACACUUGGCUACCGGACUUAGAUAGAGUCGUAUUUUACGUACCAAAUUCGAAGGAUCCUGACUUUCACGAAAAGUAUAACAGAGUGUUAGGGCUUCCUAUUGUUCAGCUAGACGGUACAGAAGAAGACCAAUCUUCGACAACAAGGGUUACUUUCAAAAUGCUAGAGCAUAUGCAUAAGAACUAUGGUGAUAAAUUUGAUUGGUAUAUGCGCGUUGAAGAAGCAACUUAUCUUGAACCAAAGAGAUUGGUAAAGUUAGUGAACAUGCUAAAUAGUUCUAUGAACGUGUAUUUGGGUUUACCUGGUGCAUACAGUGCCAAAGGAGAUUCAACACCAACAGAUAUCUACCACAGCGAACGAUAUUGUCAGGGUCAGCCCGGAGUUGUUAUCUCUAGGGUCACUUUUGAUGCAAUUGUGCCUAAGUUGGACAAAUGUCUUGAGAAUACGUUGACAGAGAAUGAUGACAUUGAGCUGGGUAGAUGCCUCUUCAAUAACUUAAAACUUCAAUGCACAUGGAACAAUGAGAUGGAGCAAUUCUUCGUCGAAAUUCCCAAGUCACUGGAGAAUCCCUUGUCAUCUCAUGUGAAGAACUGGUUGGGAAAUCCUCCAAUGAGAAAGGAAGUUUCCUUGUUUCCUGUAUCAUCAGCCAAAUUAAUGUACUACAUUCAUCAAUACUAUGCUGAAACAGAGCUGGCAUGGACCAUUCAGGAGACCAAGGAUAUUCAGGAAAAAAGUCAAAAACCUUUUGCCAUUCCUUCCCGAUGGUGUUAUCGAGAAGCGACCCUCUUGGCCAAUCGCAUUUCCACAUCCUUACGUCCCAAAGACACGCUUCGGCGUCAUCGGUUGGCAAUACUUCACGCGCACCAUAUGUACGGCUUCAGCGAUGACAACCCGGAGGUUAAACUGGAAGAUGAGUACAAAGAAGACAUCGACGAGGUCUACGACACCUCGGUAAAGAUGAUACAAGAGGAAAUGGGAAGUCAGUACAAAGUGUUUCGCCUCAUCAACGGCUAUCGCAGGUUCGACAUGCUCAGAGGUACGGACUACUUGCUCGAUAUUGGUGUGAAGAGCUCUAAGGAAUCGAAGCAAGAGAUUCGAAAGCGUGUACAGCUUCUUAGACCGUUAACCAUGCUGGAGAACGUGCACAUGCCUCAUCCGACAACGCAGCGCGGUGUGUAUUUAGUGCUGCCCGUGAUGAAAAAUGAUGCGCAUCGUCUCGAGCGUUUUCUUCAAAUGUAUCAUACGAAAUGUCUUCAGACCGGCGAAAAUGUUUUACUUCUAACAGUCUUCGUCAACAUACGAGACUCUUCGGCACAAGCUGAAGACACAGCUUUUGCUGAAUCAAAGUCCGUCUUAAUCAAUUUUAAAGAGAAAUACAAGUGGGCUCAGGUUCCUUGGAUUCAAGUCGGUACCAAACAUCAUUCCAUUCGAUUGUUAUUGGACAUCGUGACGAUGAAACUGCCGACUAGUGCGUUGAUAUUUCUUGCAAGUCUUGAUGUUGAGUUCACGGUUAACUUUCUUGCCCGUUGCCGUAUGAACGCCGUAGAUGGUGAUCAGGUGUUCUUCCCCAUUCCUUUUGCUUACUUCAAUCCCGAAGUCGUCUUCCGUAACAAGCCGAAGCCAGACAACGUCGAAGUAAACAAGGAUACAGGCCUGUGGGAUACGGACGCGUACGACUUGGUGUGUUUUCGAAAUCAGGACUACAAAGACCUUCGAGCCCAUCGCGACACGUUUCUUCAAGAAAGCAUCACCGAUGAGAAGGAAGUUUUGAAAAUUUUCCAGUCUAGUGAUCUUCGUAUUUUUCGUUCGACCGAACCGGAACUGCGGAGGAUUUUCGAAAAACGAUCAUGCCGAGAGAUAGAGGACAGCGACGAAAAGGAGAAGUGCAUGAAGUUCUUAAGAAAAAGAAUGGGGACGAGAUCACAACUGUCCGCCAUUUUGUUGGAAAAGGAACCACAUAUAAAUUAGGUGUUCGUCCAGUGCAAUGUUAGGACCUGCUUCCAGAUUGUACGCGGUCACCGUAUAGUAAAGGAAUUUAGAGUAGUUAGCGAUUUUUAAAUGUUUUCAUGCGUGGUCUUCCCAAUGGCAAAGGAGUUUGAUAAAUUAAUAAUCUGUAGGGUUCGUCGCUUUGUUUACCAAAGUUUCCUCUUAAAUCAUCUUUACCGAUUGUCGAAUUUCGAGUCUUCAUUUUAGCACCCGCAUGAUUAACUUAACCAUGUUUCUUGGAACAGGUCCAGUACCCGAGAUUUGCCACAUACAUUGAAAAAACCCCGAAUAAUUUCAAGUUAUCCGGGAUCUUCGUACUGUAGGGUGACCGUAAAGUCGUAUUACAUAUGCAUAGGAAAGUUUGAGGUGAGUUAUUUUUGUAUAAUUUACUUACCCCCCUUAACAUGCAAAUGAAUUGCCGGGAAAUCAAGUUCGUGGUCUUUUGAAACCAUUAUGAACAUUCUCAAACGGUUAUUAAGGACGUGCUUUAUUAUCAAACAAUCAUUGACUAUUGUCAGACGAUGGAACUUUUCUGAAAGGAUAUGACACUGGUAGUAUAAAUCGAUAAUGAAGAAAAUAAGAGGGGGGGGGGUUCGAAAUAAACUGUAAAUUAAUUUUUGUACAACAAGGCAACUUUUGUAAAAAAAAACCAGUAUAAAUAAGUUCAAUGGCGUCGUCGUUUGUAAAUAAAUAGAUACAUACCAACUUUUUUUCAGUCUGAACACGAGUUUAUGAGACAAUGUUUAAUCUA